AAUUGAAGUUAUUCAACACAAAUUUGACUGCGUUGAAAAGGAAUAUAAUUUUCUUUCUUUUCGUAUUUUGUUGUAAAUAUUACAUAUUUUCGUCAUGGUUGGCUUUGAAACUUGCGGACCGAAUGAAGCACUUGUUGUUUCAGGAAUGUGUACUGGAGGACCACCAAAAUAUGUUGUUGGUGGAAGACUGUUUGUACUUCCAGUUGUUCAGACAGUUCAGAGGUUAAACCUGAAUACAAUGACGUUAAAUGUUGAUUCACCAAGAGUUUACACUGUGGAGGGUGUACCUAUUUCAGUCUCAGGCAUUGCACAGGUUAAGAUACGAGGCGAGAAUAUGGAUAUGGUGAGGUCUGCAGCUGAACAGUUCUUGGACAAGAGUAUUACUGAAAUACAAAAGAUUGCCUUAGAAACUCUUGAGGGACAUCAGCGUGCCAUCAUGGGAACAAUGUCAGUUGAGGAAAUUUAUAAAGAUCGAAAGAAGUUUUCAAAAAGUGUUUUUGAGGUUGCAUCAUCAGAUUUGUUCAAAAUGGGAAUUGCAGUUGUCAGCUACACAUUAAAAGACAUUAGAGAUGAUGAGGGAUAUCUUUAUGCCCUUGGUAUGUCUCGAACUGCUCAAGUGAAAAGAGAUGCAAGGGUUGGUGAGGCUGAGGCAGGCAGAGAUUCUGGAAUCAAGGAGGCGCUUGCAGAAGAAGCAAGAAUGAAAUCAAAAUACGAAAACGAUACAGAAGUGGCGAAAUCUCAAAGAGAUUACGAAAUAAGACAAGCCGGUUAUGAUCUUGAAGUUCAAACAAAGAGCGCUCAGUCAAAACUUGCUUAUGAUCUUCAAGCUGCAAUCACGAAACAGAAAAUCAAAGAAGAAGAAAUGCAGAUUUUGGUCGUUGAAAGAACACAACAGAUCAAAGUACAAGAGCAGGAAAUGGAGAGAGUUGAGAAGGAAUUAGAGGCAACAGUUCGUCAACCAGCAAGCGCUGAGAAAUAUCGAAUGGAACAGAUUGCUGAAGCGAAGAGAAACAAAGUUAUACUUGAAGCUGAGGCUGAAGCGGAAGCUAUCAGAGUCAAAGGUGAGGCACAAGCGUUCGCUAUUGAAGCUAAGGCAAAAGCUGAAGCUGAACAGAUGGCAAAGAAAGCUGAUGCAUGGAAGGAUUAUCAGGAGGCAGCCAUGGUUGAUAUGGUGUUGGAAACAUUACCCAAGAUUGCGGCAGAGGUCGCCGCUCCAUUGAGUGGUUGUGAUAAGAUUGUGAUGGUCUCAAAUGGACAGGGUGAUGUUGGUGCUGGUAAGAUUACUGGUGAAAUCUUGGAUAUCGUUUCCAAGUUGCCAAAGGCUGUGGAAUCCUUGACCGGUGUGGAUAUCAGUAAGGCCCUGCAGCGAUCUGUUGGCACGAAACGCUAGUCUGGGUGAUUUCGUAGAAACUGGACAGGUUUUAUUAGAAUUAUUUGUUAUAAAUGCGAUUUUAUUACGGUAAACAAAUCAAGGUAAAGCUGAAUGCUUGUACUUGCACGCUGCGAUCAAAAUUAUUAUUAUUAUUAUGUAUAAUAUUAUAUAUGCCGCGAUGAUUAACCAUAAGUAAUCGUGAUAUAAUUAAAAAUCCUCCAUCAAACUAAAUUCUAUCCAGGCUUCUGCGAUUUGGCAAGUUGAUUUA